UCCCCGGGCUUUGGGCUGCGGGGCUCGGGCUUCUUCCUUUCCUUUCUCCGGCGCUCCCGCCGGCCGCGCGUCAGGCGGUAGGUCGCUUUCCUCGCUUGCCGCUCGGGCGCGGCGCGGCGCGGCGCGGGUCGGGCGGGGGCGGCGUGCCCUUCGUCCCUCCCUGGCUCGCGGGGCGGGCGGCGGGCGGCUUCCCCUCCGCACUGCAGGCUCUCGCCAGCCCGGGUGAAGCGCCUGAAGAAGAGGCGGGGGGAAAGAAGCCUUCGGGGCCCAGCGAGCGGGCCGGCGGCAGAGCCCGCAUCCCCGGGAAUCGGUGGCGGCGAGACGUGCGGCUGGGCCUGGAGACCGCUCUGCAUGGAGCCCGAGCAAGACGACGCGAUCCUGUCCCCGAAAGAAGCUGCAGUUUUACAAUAAGCUGCUGCGGGUCGGCUGAAUCUGCCUGUUGCUGCCGCGGCCAAAGCCAGAAAACGAGACGGUAAAAGCCUGAGAAGACUAUUUUUCUUGGAUUAAGGAAGAUUGGUUGCUGCUGUUCAGCAGCAGUAACAAAACUGCUGUUACACCUGAGAAUCCAAAAUUUAGUUCUAGAAAUUGCUUGAAGACUUGUCAAAUGACAUCAAUGGCCAGUCUGUUCUCUUUUACUAGCCCAGCUGUAAAGCGCCUGUUGGGCUGGAAACAAGGUGAUGAAGAGGAAAAAUGGGCUGAAAAAGCCGUUGACGCUUUGGUCAAAAAACUGAAAAAGAAAAAAGGAGCCAUGGAGGAGCUGGAGAAAGCCCUGAGUAGCCCUGGACAACCCAGUAAAUGUGUUACUAUUCCUCGCUCGUUAGAUGGUCGACUUCAGGUUUCUCACCGCAAAGGCCUUCCCCAUGUUAUUUACUGUCGUGUUUGGCGUUGGCCUGAUCUGCAGAGUCAUCACGAGCUGAAGCCAUUGGACAUGUGUGAAUAUCCUUUUGGAUCUAAACAGAAGGAAGUCUGUAUCAAUCCAUAUCAUUACAAACGGGUGGAGAGCCCAGUUCUACCUCCAGUCUUGGUGCCAAGGCAUAGUGAAUUCAAUCCACAACAUAGUCUUUUGGUUCAAUUCAGAAACCUAAGUCACAAUGAACCACACAUGCCACAUAAUGCUACGUUUCCAGACUCGUUCCAGCAGCCCAACAACACUCCGUUUCCCAUUUCUCCAAAUAGUCCAUAUCCACCAUCCCCAGGGAGUGGUACCUAUCCGAAUUCACCAGCUAGUUCCGGACCAUCUAGUCCAUUUCAGCUACCAGCAGAUACACCACCGCCUGCAUAUAUGCCCCCUGAAGAUCAAAUGGGGCAAGAUACUUCACAGUCUAUGGACACAAGCAAUAAUAUGAUUCCUCAGAUAAUGCCAAAUGUUUCUAGCAGAGAUGUGCACCCUGUGGCCUAUGAAGAACCUAAACACUGGUGUUCAAUUGUGUACUAUGAGUUGAAUAACCGAGUUGGAGAAGCCUUCCAUGCAUCUUCCACUAGUAUCUUAGUAGAUGGAUUUACAGAUCCUUCUAAUAACAAGAACAGAUUUUGCUUAGGCUUGCUUUCCAACGUUAAUCGCAACUCAACAAUUGAAAACACCCGGAGACACAUUGGAAAAGGUGUCCACCUAUACUAUGUUGGUGGGGAAGUCUAUGCUGAAUGCCUGAGUGAUAGCAGCAUAUUUGUACAGAGCAGAAACUGUAAUUAUCACCAUGGAUUUCAUCCCACAACUGUGUGCAAGAUCCCCAGUGGCUGUAGCCUAAAAAUUUUUAACAAUCAGGAAUUUGCUCAGCUUCUAGCUCAGUCAGUCAAUCAUGGGUUUGAAGCGGUAUAUGAGCUCACCAAAAUGUGCACCAUUCGGAUGAGUUUUGUAAAGGGAUGGGGAGCAGAAUAUCACCGGCAAGAUGUUACAAGCACCCCAUGCUGGAUAGAAAUUCAUCUUCACGGGCCUCUGCAGUGGCUGGAUAAAGUACUUACCCAAAUGGGCUCUCCCCUUAACCCCAUCUCUUCUGUUUCAUAGUGCCGAUGUAUUUCUUCAACAGCCACCAUAUGAGUGACCAUUUUCUAAUUCUACAGAAACUUCCAGUGUGGCUACUAUAAAAACAUACCAUGUUUGCUUUCUUCUUCUACUGAUGACCAAUUCCACUGUUUUUAUUAUUAUUUUUCCUUUUGUUUUGAUACUAAAGAAACAAUCAAGUUUGGAGUAAAUCUGAAAAUUCAGAAUUUUUUGUUCUCUUUGCUAUGCAUAUUUAAAGAUAUUUGACUCCACUGGAAAUAUAUUGAUGUGUCUUCUAGGAACACAUUUUUGAACUGACUUUAGGGAAUCAAUAACACUAUCUCUUCUGCUGAAUAUGUAUGUUUAGCUCCAAUUUACACCCAGUUUUAAUGUUGCUGUAUAAUUUUGUGGAUGAUGGAAGUCCAUAAACAAACUAGCUUUAUUACACCUGAGAUUGCCUUUAGCUCAGAUAAUAAUAAUAAUGAUAAUGAUGAUGAUGAUGAUGAUGAUGAUGAUGUGACUUUAGUAUGUACAUGUUGAAAAAUGCUUGUUACAGGUAGUGGUAUUAGAAUGCAUUACUGCAAGUACUGCCAUAAACAAUAGCAAUCGUACCUUUACCUCAAAUUAAAUUUAACAUUGCUUUGCAGUGCAACUCUACCCAUGUCUACUUAGAAGCCUCACUGAUCUCAAUGAGGCGGGCUCCCAAGUUGUUAAUGUAUUGGAUUACUGCCUUAGGGCAUGAUCCUAAGCUGUGCACCAUCAGUACAUGUAAGCCUUUGAACACCAAAGCUUACAUGCAUCUAAUGUUGUUGCCUGCACCUUGCAUCUUGUAUUUCAUUUUGAUUCCUGUUCUUGGCCAUCUAGAUGAGGUGCAUCUAGGGGGAAGGGAAGGGGAAGGGAAGGAGGCGGAGGUGCUGUUCGGAUACAGCUUUGGCCCCAGCCUCCUCUCUGUCCCCCAGCACGCUCCUUUUGCUGUUUCUGGAGUCAGUUUCCAUCAUCAGAAACCAAGCACCUGGUUCUUUCUGGGUCAGCUUCAGGAGGGAUGGGGCAGGGGCUUUGCAUAUGGACUCAGAGCUGUAUAGUUGGAAGACCUCCGAACGGAUAAUGUCAGGAGGCCACAGAAUCGCACCCUUUGGCAUGAUUGUUCAUAUACGUUUGAUUGAGGGCACUCUGUUGCCUAGAAUAGUUGGCAUUUUCCUUUGACUUGUGCUUGCGUGUUACACAUUUCUGAGGUAUAGUUUUUUAGAUAAGCUACCUAUAAGAGUGCAAAACACCACACUUCUGUAUAUAUCAUUGCAAGAAGAUGCAUUGUGCUUAGCUGUCCAUUUUAUUUUGCAUCUACGUAGCUGAUAUUCUGGAGGCUUCCUAACUUCACUACCAUGAUUUUGCAGUAUAAAUUUCAAUCCUUCCAGACUAGAACCAAAAGAGUCAGGCAUCUCAAUUCAGUAAAUAAUACAAAAUGCCCUUUAGAUAAUUGUGGCAGAUCAGCCCCCCGAUGAAGAUUACAAAAAGAUCAUGGUAACUGGAACCUGCAUGAUUUACAGGGUCAUGACUCUUAAUCCCUUAUAUACAGUUGCUCCCUUGUAUAACCUGCGCUAGAGUUGUCAAUUUUAACAGCUUGUUUCUAUACUGAGGUAGUUGCUCCUAAGUCUGAAGGGCUCAGCAAAGUACGCUGUGGUCCCAGUGAAUGCACCGAAUGUAAGCUAUUCUGUACUGAGGACACUGAUGUCCAGUUAGAAUUAUUUCUGUAAGAGACAGAUGUAUGCGUAAGUCACAGGAAAAUUACCAGUAUGCUUGAUUUGAUGCAAUUAUCCUGCAUGUGUUAUGUAUGUUUGGCAGCCACUCUGUGCAAGCAGAAGCUUUGGAGAAUCUAGCCUUAAUUAUCGGAUCUUCCUUAACUAACUAAUAAUUUAACUAACAGUGUUAAAUUAUUUAAUUUCCCCCCUCCCCAAUGCUCAUUUGCUGAUGAAUUCCAUAAAAACUCAUGCAGUUCUGGCUUGCAUGCAUCACCUGUUACUGGUUUCAUGAUAAGGCAAAUACUAUCAUGUUCCUACAACUGCUUAAUAAGCUGGUGAGCUUAAAGUUGGUUACAGUCACUGUGGUGUUCCUAUGCUGGCACCUUUGAAUUUAAAUUUUGUUUUAUAUUAAAUUUAGGGAACUAAAGCCAAUAAGUAGCUUGCCAAAUACAUUUGAUACUGGUGCGGAAGAAGACCAAAUUUUCCCUAAUGACAACAAUCAAAACCAAAUCUCACUACUUAGUCUGACAUGUCCGAAGUCCUCUGUGGGUUCUAUCCAAGCUCAAAAUAAUUAGGAAUUUAGUGCUGAACAGAACCUUCUGCCACCUGAGAUUCCGUCAGCGUCCUAGCAUUGUUGACUUUUCUCCUUUCCUUACGCUUGCCCUUUCCUUUGGCUAUGGAAAUACAGCUCUGUAGGGUUUCCAGUAAUUGGGUUGAGGCUUUGGUGCCCUGUGUUGCUCCUUGGCCUCCUGCCAACUUGCAUAAAUGAAAGUGUGUAAAUCCAAAAUUUGCAGCACAGACCUCUUCCAGCCCACCUAAUAUGAGUGAUGUCUGCCUACUUCUAAUGCUGUUAGGAGGACAUAUUGUAGAAGUAUUUAUUUCCUGACAUAAAUCUUUAUACUGGGGGUUAGGGAGAGCAAGUGGAAAGUCUUUAAAGCAAUGGCCCACUAUGAACCAGUAGACUGGUUCAUAGUGGACCACAUUGUGUGGACCACAUUAUGUGGGAUUAUUGCAGAAAAUACUGGAGCAGGUGGACAAGGGUCUGAACCAGGCAGAUAGUUACAACCAUUUAACACACAAUCCUGAGAAGUUAAGUAAUCUGCCACUUUUAAAACUGACUGAAAGACCACAGGGAUUACAGUAAAAGGGUAAAAAAUAGACUGAAGUUAGCCUACCCCUACUUUAAAACUCAGGUAGUAAUAUGAAUUCAUGAAAUUCAUGGCAAGUUAAUACUACCCUUUACCUACAACUGCAUAUGUGCUGGUAAGAUUGAUGUUGGCUACAGUGUCUGUUUGUCUGUUUUCAUUAUAAUGUCAUACCUUGGCAUGUGACAUUAAGUUCUGUACCCUGUGGUGACAUCUGUGAAGCAUGCUUCAGAGAUCUAGAGUAUUGAAGAAAGGCCUAUCUUCUUGUUAGCAAAUGUAAUCUCUUGAACACCACGGACUCUUCUGUGUGUGUGAUAGUUUUGUGUUAAGAACGUAAGAGCAGCUCUUGCUGGAUCAAACCAAAGACCUGUCUAGCCCUCCAUCCUUUUCCCCACACAACCAGCAGAAGCCUGUGGGGAGCCCGCUAGUGGGAUAUGGAGGCAAUGACUAUCAUUCUCCUGUUACGAUUCCCUGGUGAAUUGGUACUCAGAAGCAUACCUUAGGGCUGGACACAGUAUUAGCUAUCAUGACCAGGAGCCUUUGAUAGCACUACCCAUCAUGAGAUUGUGUAAUCUCCCUUUAAACCUGUUUAAGUUGCUGGCCAUCACCACAUCUUGUAAAUUCGGUAGUGAUGAUGUGCGCUGUGAAGUAUUUCAUCUAAUCUGACUUGCACUAUUUAGCCUUCUUGGCUCAUCCCAGCUUCUGGUAUUUUGAGUGACGGGAGCACAUGAUAAAGAAUCUUCAAGGGCAAAGAAUAAAAUUGUUUACAUAUCAGAAAUGAUGUUUUGCAAUUCCUUUAAAGAGCAAAUAAAUGAAAUUGACUUUCACAAAGUUAUAAUGCCUUUUGUGUAGAUAUUACUAAUUUGUAUUUUAUUUUAAAAGCAAACAAUUUUCUUGAACUUUGUUUCCAUUUUGAACAAGAGAAGUAGAGGAAUUGCUUUGUUUCCUUAUAUUUUAGGCAGUUAACUUCCUUGUUAUAACAACAAAGCCAACUCUUGCCUUUGUAGGUCACACUGCUAGAGAAGGGGAAAUUGCAGUGGGAAAUUUUCCUGCUCAGGCCUUAGUGGAAUGAAUGGAAACUGUACAGGAGCAUUGAAUGGAUCAUUAUUACUUAGCCGUUUUUCUCUGCAAUCAUAGUGACCUUAGAUGUUCUGUGCUCACACAUGGUCUUUUUGUCCAUGUAAUACCUAAGAUGGUGUCAUCUAUUAGCAUAUUUCCUUGAUUUUUAAACCUCUCAUUUGUAUUUUCAGUACAAGCAGAUUAUUAAAGCUGCAUCAAAGGUUCCCCUUUAUUUACUUAAGAUUUCUACUGUUUAAAGGAUCUAGGGCUCAGUCGUAUGUGUGUUUAGACAAGAAAAAGAUCUACAGUUUGUAGGGCUCUUCUCUGUUUUAACAUGCAUAGAAUCGCAUUCCUACAAGCUUAAGUAUAUUUUUCAGGUACCAAUACUUGGUAUAACCAGUGUAUACUGUGUUGUGGCAGGAGAAGUAAUUCUGUGCAUGUUGGUUAUAUCCAUUGUUUGUCUAAUAUCCUAUUUGUUCUAGUGGCUAAGGAGGACUAACCUUGGAUACAAUCCUAUUUCUGCAUCUCUGCAGUCAAACACUACAUGUGAUACCCUUGUCAAGCACAAUGAUAAUUCUUGCAGUCCAAAAAUAUGAAAUCACCACCUGCUUUUCUCUUCUUUGUAAGAUCCAACAUGCUGAGGCAAUACUGUGUCUUUUGUUAUAAUUCUACCUUUUUGAGAUUUUUUCAUACAUGCUGAGUUAACAGUUCUUUAACUUGGCUCAGUAGCUGCUGUUUAGAUACCUGUACAUCAAAAGGCUAGCUUUUAACCGAGACGUUCUGUAGUGGACGGGAUAGAAAAGCUUUUAGUAAAUGAAUAAAUAGCUAAGGAAUGCCUUAUUAUUGCCUGCCAUAUUUUUCACAACCAUAGUUGUCUGUCCAACCAUAAUGUUGUGCUUGCAUAAUGUAUGUAAGAAGGAAAGCAGACCAUCGAUUCACAUUUAGACUGAGUUAUAAUCUCAUUUUCCUAGAUACUGUUUUCUUUUGCUAAAAUAAAUAAUUCCUUCUGGUAGUAUGUCCUGUCUUAGCUGUCCUGUUUAGGGGUCAUUAUGGAGAAGGAUAACGGCAGACCCCACUUAUGCAGGAUACACACAUGAUGGGGAGUUUUAAUUCUAGAUAAUGCAUCUGGUAGGCAGUAGAAUGUACCAGAGAAAUUAGCAUCCCAUCUCUACUCCAGAUUAAUUUAUUAUAAAACUGAAUUACCUAAAUUGUACAAGAGCGAUACAUCUCACUGGAUUAUGAACCCGCUGAAGGACCAAAGUGUGUCAAAGUGUGUUUGAACAUUUCUGAAAUUCCUUAUAACAGUUAUUUUCACAACUUCUUGCUUCCAUAGUGAGCAUGGCUGAAUUGUGGUUGUGAAUCUUCCAAAAUGUAUGUUCUCUCAACAAGAUCAUUUGUUCUGCCCGAUCUGAUAAUCUAUGUAAAAUACUGGUUAGUAAAAAAUAACUAUGUAACAGUUUUUAUUUGUUUUUUAAUCCUGGAUUUAUUUCACAGUAUUACCAUUUUUUCUUGUUGAACAGACUCUCUUGCGGUCUGUUGCUGAAAAGUACUUUAAAUAUCAUGACCUUCCUCAAACUACCUUAAGAAACAAUAAAAGUUAAUAUUUUGUUACCUGAGUUGUUGGUAGGUAGCAGUAUUUUUAAUCAAAUCUUUGAAAGGUGUUGCAUUUGUGUGCACGCAGUGACUCAUGGAGCGCUGAGAUCUCUGUGAGAACAUGCAGUUGGAACUCCAAGGGUGGUAGACUCCUCAGGAUGCUUCACCUUGCGGUUUGGUGAAUGGCAUGCAAGUGUUUAUUACUGAUAUAACCUCUGUGCUUCUGUUUACAUUGCAAGAAAUUUUAUUCUAGCACAAGAUUUAAUUUUACUCUUCUGAGUGCCUGUACUGCAUUAGUUUUGACUAUGUUAAUGUGUUUACUUUUGCAGUCUCAAUAAACAGUAACUCUUCAGAAUGCA